GGGUGUCAGUGCGCAUGCGCCUCGUGGGUCUGUUCUGGCAGGUCCUUUCUGCUUCUCAUGUGGGUUCUGCUGCUCCGGAGGUUACGCUCACUCAGCGGGCCGCCGGGCCUGCUCUGUGCCGGCUCUGCGCGCUCCCUCAGCGGCCGUCCUCCUCUGGACAUGUCCGCUGCCCGCGUCAGAACCACCUUCCUGGACUUCUUCCGGAACAAACACGGACACUUGCUGGUUCCGUCCUCGCCGGUUCGGCCCAGAGGGGACCCGAGCUUGCUGUUCGUCAACGCUGGUAUGAACCAGUUCAAACCUGUCUUCUUGGGGACAGUGGACCCUCGCAGUGCGAUGGCGUCUUACCUCAGAGUGACUAACAGUCAGAAAUGUGUGCGAGCCGGAGGGAAACACAACGACCUGGAGGACGUGGGACGAGACGUUUACCACCACACCUUCUUUGAGAUGCUGGGGACAUGGUCAUUUGGAGACUACUUCAAGGAGGAGGCGUGUUCGAUGGCAUGGAGCCUCCUCACAGAGUAUUAUGGGAUACCUGCUGACAGACUGUACGUGUCCUACUUUUGUGGAGACACUGCAUCAGGUUUGCCAGUGGACGAGGAGACGCGUCAGACCUGGUUGGACAUCGGGGUUCCCCACACUCGCCUGCUGCCGUUUGGACUCAGAGAGAAUUUCUGGGAAAUGGGCGACUCUGGUCCCUGUGGUCCCUGCACUGAGAUCCACUAUGACCACGUAGGAGGACGAGACGCUGCUGCUCUGGUCAAUGCCAACAGUCCUGAGGUGGUGGAAAUCUGGAACCUGGUCUUCAUGCAGUACAACAGGGACAUGGACCAGAGUCUGCAGCUGCUGCCUCAGUUCAGUGUGGACACUGGGAUGGGACUGGAGAGGCUGGUGAGCGUCCUGCAGGGGAAGACGUCCAACUAUGACACAGACCUGUUCACCCCACUGCUGCACGCCAUUCACCAGAGGUCAAAGGUUGGGCCAUAUGGGGGCAGGACAGGGUCAGCUGACCAGGGGAAGGUGGACAUGGCGUACCGCGUGGUGGCCGACCACGUCCGCACUCUGUCCGUCUGUGUCGCAGAUGGUGUCCAUCCAGGAAUGUCAGGCGCAGAGUUGGUGCUGCGCAGGAUUCUGCGGCGUGCGGUGCGUUUCUGUGUGGAGGUCCUCCAGGCUCCUCAGGGGGCGCUGGCGAGCCUGGUUCCUACUGUCGCACACAUUCUGGGUGACGUGUAUCCUGAGCUGCACAAAGAGAAAGAGCGGAUCAUGGACAUCAUUAACGACAACGAGGCUCACUUCCUGUCGUCCCUGCAGCAGGGCAGCAGGCUUAUCCAGAGGACACUGCAGAGGACGGAGGACAGCCGCGGCGUCUUCCCCGCCUCGGUGGCCUGGUCUCUGCACAGGGACCUUGGUUUUCCUCUGGACCUGGUGGACCUGAUGUUGGACGAGCGAGGAGUCCAGGUGGACCGCCAGGAGCUGGAUCGACUCAUCGCAGAGAACCACAAGGUGAUGUUGGAGCUGCAGUCCGGCGCUCUGACUCGGUGGACACUGGAUGUCCAGAGCCUGGCGGCACUCCAGCGGCGCGGCAUCCCUCACACUGAUGACCGUCUCAAGUACUGCUACUCGCUGCAGGACGGAGGACGAUAUGUCUUCCCAGCAUGCCGCGCGACGGUGGUGGCACUGUACGACGGGCAGACGCUGGUGUCAGAGGUCGCAGAGGGACAGCGCUGUGGUGUCCUCCUGGAUCAGACCAGCUUCUACUCAGAGCAGGGCGGGCAGUCACAUGACCAGGGCUACUUCACCCGCGACGGGCUGCAGGACGUGCUGUUCCCUGUGGAGGACGUGGUCCUGGUGGGCGGGUAUGUUGUCCAUCAGGUGACCGCAGCUGGGCGCCUGAAGACCGGAGACCAGGUGCAGCUACACCUGGACGAGGUCCACAGGUUGUCCCUCAUGGUGAACCACACAGCGACUCACCUGCUGAACUUCGCUCUGAGGACAGUUCUGGGUCCAUCUGUCCAUCAGAGAGGGUCUCAUGUGUCCACUGAUCGUCUCCGCUUUGACUUCUCCGUCAAGAAGUCUCUGAGUACCUCUCAGCUACAGCAGGUAGAGGCGUGUCUUCAUGACAUCAUCUCAGCCAAUCAGAGGGUCCACAGCAAGGAGGUCCCUCUGCAGGAGGUCAAGAGCAUCAGUGGACUGAGGACAGUGGAUGAGCUUUACCCUGAUCCUGUUCGCGUGGUGUCCGUCGGGUUCCCGGUCUCUGAGCUGUUCAACGUUGGGACAGGAAGAGAGACGUCUGUGGAGCUCUGCUGUGGGACUCAUCUUCUUCACACAGGUUCAGUCCAGGACGUGGUGAUCAUCUCAGAGAGACAGACGGUCAGAGGAAUCAGUCGCAUCAUCGCUGUGACUGGACACGAGGCCACACGGGCCCGGGAGGCAGGGCAGGUUUUGUCUGAGGACGUGGACUCGCUGUCAGCCAGACUCACAGGCUCCGCCCCCUCUGACCUUACUUCCGCUCAUCGUUUGGCCAAAGAUGUUGGACUCCUGUCUGAUGCUGUAGACUCCACCCCCAUCCCCCAGUGGCAGCGCAGGGAACUGCAGAGUCAGCUGAGAGCACUGCAGAGGCGGAGCAACACCAUCGUCAGGAAGCUGGAGACCAGAGAGGCUGUGUCUCGAGCUCAGGUUCUACUGGAGAAGAAUGGAAAGAAGGCGGUUCUGGUGGACCUGGUGGAGGCGGACACUCUGCCGGUGGUGAUGAAGACGGUGAAUCAGCUGACUGCUGUCUCUCCCCUCAGUCACGUGAUGCUGCUCACUCACCACAGGCAUUCUGGGAAGGUUCUGUGCGCCUGUCAGGUUCCCAAGGACUCGGCGUCUCUCCUGGCCUCUGAUUGGGCGACAGCCGUGUGUCGUCACCUGGGCGGCGCAGCUGGCGGCUCGGCCGUGGUUGCUCAAGGUACAGGAAGUACCAGUGACAUCACUGACGCUCUGAGAUGGGCGGAGCAAUUUGCCCUCCAGAGGAAACAGUGAUGAUGUCAUUGUGACAGUUAGCCCCGCCCCCCGGCUCUCAGACGUUAAGUUUCUUUGUUUUAAAAGAAAUAAAAAGUUUUAUUCUGUUA